GCGAUUGGUACGAAACUGGAGCUCAAUGAAAACAAAGGUUUGGUGUGGUGUUUCAAAAAUUUAUUUCGAUUGAAAUCAACAUAAUGUAAUGACUUAAGUGAUUUCCAGGUGCAAAGAUAUUUGGGAAGCACACUAACCAAGGUGUUGAAAAAUGCCGAAAAGACUUGCGAAUCAAGAAAGUAGGAUGACAGAUUUGGACGAUUUCAAUUUGAAUGCUAAGAAAUUUAAGUCUCAGGCUGAUUCCCAUGCUGAUGCUGAAACUCAGGUCCGAAAUCACGCCUUAAUUAGUAAAACUACUAUAUCCUGCAAUUCUGAGAUGCCAAUAAAUGGCAAUAAUGGCGAUGACGCAGGCUCAAAGGAAGGCAACCAAGACAACUUUGAGAAGCCUGGCACUGAGCUGAAGAUAACCCCAUCUAACCCAGCCGACGAUCGCGACUAUUUUGCCUCAUACAGCGGGCUGGACAUCCACCGUACGAUGAUCGACGACUCUGCGCGCACUCAGGCCUACCGGCACGCCAUCCUCACCAACUACCCGCUCUUCUAUGGGAAGACAGUGCUGGACGUGGGCUGCGGCACCGGCAUCCUGAGCGUGUUCUGCUGCCUGGCCGGCGCCCGCCGAGUGUACGCCGUCGAUGCCAGCGGUGCGGCCAAGUUCGCGCGCGCUGUGGCGGCCGAGAACGGCUACUCGGACCGUAUUCGCGUGCUGCAGUGCCGCGCGGAGGAGGCUGAACUCCCGGAGCAGGUGGAUGUAAUCGUCAGCGAGUGGAUGGGCCACGCGCUGCUGUACGAGUCCAUGCUGGACUCUGUGCUGGUGGCGCGCGACCGCUGGCUGCGGCCCGGUGGCGCGCUGUUCCCCGAGCGGGCCGUUCUCAAGAUGGCGCUGUGCACUGCACCGGAGCUGGCGCUGGAGACCGGCGGCGCGCAGUUCUGGCGCGGCGUGUACGACCGGUACAAGGUGAGGAUGACCUGUCUGGCGGAGGUGGAGGAGCGGCGCCGCUGGAGCGACCUUCCGGCCCGCGUCUGCGCGCUCCUUCCCGAGGAGCUGCACUCGCACGCGGCCACAGUGUGUGAUCUGAACCUCCACACGGUACGGGCCGAGGAGCUCCGCGAGCUGCGCGCUCCGGCAGUCGAACUGCAGAGCUUCGGGCGCGCACAGCUGACGGGCCUCGCGCUGUGGUUUGACGUGCACUUCCCGGGCGGAGACGAGCUGAGUACGUCCCCGUACGUCACGGAGACCCACUGGGGUCAGACGGUGUUACCCCUGGAGCCGGUGAACGUCGACCAGGACUCGACAGUGCAGUGUCCGAUGGUUAUGAGGCCGGACCCGAAACACCCGAGGAACUGGCGGUUUAGUGUCGACCUCGCUGUCGGGGACGGGGAUUCCAGAACUAUUCAGUGGGUUAUGGACGGCACUGGAUGAAGGGCUGGUGGAGAGCUGCUGGCAUACCGUGAUAAGUCAUGUGAAUGGGCUUUUCUCAAUGGAAAACCUGAUGGGAGUGUCGAGCGUUGUCAUUUUGGUAGGUCUGUAUUUUAUAAAAGGCUUCGAUUUGGUGGCAAGUGUACCAAAUAUAUUGCCACCCGCGUCAUUAGUGAAUGUCAGUAUUGGUUCAGCAACUUCCAACCGCUCCCAGUCCCAGACUGUCCGGCUGCUGCUGUUUUGUGUUUCAUUGCAUUCCCUACAGGGUGUCCCGAAAGUUUUGCAACAUCCGUUUUCCCAUAUGUUUUGUCUCUACCGCUAAUAUCAACGUUCCACUGGCAACCUUCCGCUUGUCCCGGGUAGACGGCGCGACUGCCCACCCAACCCAGCGGCGGUUAUUGCCGCGGGGCACGGCUGACCCGUCUGGGGCGGCCGCCGUCUGACCUUAGGUCAGUCGCAGACAUGAAGGUGGCCGGGCGGGUAACGCGCAGAGAGGCGGUGCGCUCCCGCGCGAUCGGGUUGCUGGAAGGUGGCGUGGCGCAGGGGGUUGUCGCAGAGAAGCUGGGCGUCGAUCGGACCACUGUCUACCGGUGGUGGAAACGUUUUCGCGACGGCAAACCGUUAGCCGACAAGAAACGUUCAGGCCGGCCGCGUGCCGUGUCCAACGUCGCCAGAAUCGUCUGUGCCAAAGUUGCUGGCAAGCGUGGCCAAAGCGUCAGGAAAUUGGCCACGCGGCUGACGCGAAAGGGUUACCCGGUGUCAAAGUCGGGUGUCCAUCGGUUCAUGACCCAGUUGAAGCAUUUCCGGUCGUACAAAAGAUCAAAACAGCCGAAAAUGACAAGAAAACAGAAGCUUGCAAGAUUGGAAUUUUGCAAGAGGGUAAAAAAUUGUGGCUUCGAUGAGUUCAAGAACGUCAUCUGGUCCGACGAGUCCAUCUUCGAAAUCCAGCACACGCCAAAUCGGCAAAACGAUCGAGUCUGGGCGAAAUCUCGCGACGAAGUGCCCCCGGUUGAAACCAUCAAGCACCCCGCGAAACUCAUGGUGUGGGGCGGAAUGACCGCACAGGGCCUGACUGAACUUCACGUGGUGCCA